CGUGUAUGCGCGUCGUUACAGAUUCUUUUCACUGUUCAAUUAAAAGAAAAAUGCCGCUGCAAAUAAGAAACGUAAUGAUAAAGGUUGGUUUCCUGCGUUGACAGUGGAAUUCGCGUAUUAUCGUAAAUAACUCUCAUUAUAAGAUGUUCGAAAUGAACGCCGCAGAGCCUAUGCAGGUAGAUGUUCCGCUAGAAGACAAUGAAAACAAUGAAUCAGAGUGCUAUGUUGUUGAGAAUCCCACCUUAGACCUCGAAACUUACGCUUCAGCUUACACAGGUUUUGCCAAAUUGUACAGAUUAAUGUUUGUAGCAGAUCAUUGUCCCUCACUGAGAUUAGAAGCUCUCAAAAUGGCUAUAUCCUAUGUCAUGACAACAUAUAAUGUAAGUCUUUAUCAGUCUUUACACAAGAAACUAGCAGACGCAAUAGCUAGUGCAGGCCUGCCAGAUAUAGCAGUACAAAUGGGCUCUCAGGACAUCCCAGUUCUUGAUACCAUAUGGGUUGAAUCAAAGACUAAAAAGGCGGCAAUAAAACUGGAGAAAUUAGACACUGAUCUUAAAAACUAUAAAACAAAUUCUAUUAAGGAAAGCAUCCGGAGAGGGCAUGAUGACCUAGGGGACCAUUACUUGGAUUGUGGCGACUUGACAAGUGCACUGAAGUGCUAUUCCAGAGCCAGAGACUACUGCACAAGUGGAAAACACAUUAUCAUGAUGUGUCUCAAUGUAGUUAAGGUGUCUGUAUACUUGCAGAAUUGGGCUCAUGUUCUUAAUUACGUAUCAAAGGCUGAGAGCACACCUGACUUCAGUGAAAUACCUGGUAAAGAUACAAACCAAACCAUCCUGACUCGUUUAAAAUGUGCUGCUGGACUUGCAGAACUGGCUACGAAAAAGUACAAGUCUGCCGCUAAACACUUUUUAGCGGCCAGCAUUGACCAUUGUGACUAUCCAGAACUACUUAGUAGCAACAAUGUUGCCAUCUACGGAGGACUCUGUGCACUGGCUACAUUUGACCGCUCCGAGCUUCAGAAGCAAGUCAUAGUUAGCAGUUCUUUUAAAUUAUUUUUAGAGCUAGAACCGCAGUUACGUGACAUAAUAUUUAAAUUUUAUGAAUCCAAGUAUGCUUCAUGCUUAAGGUUACUCGAUGAGAUAAGGGAUAAUCUGUUGUUAGAUAUGUAUUUAGCACCACAUUUGAAUUCUUUGUACAUGCAAAUACGCAACCGAGCUCUGAUCCAAUACUUCAGUCCAUACUUGUCAGCUGACAUGCACUUGAUGGCCGCAGCGUUUAACCGCACAGUAACUGCACUUGAAGAUGAGCUGAUGCAGCUUAUCCUGGAUGGCCAGAUUCAAGCUCGCAUAGAUUCCCACAACAAAAUUUUGUAUGCAAAGGAUGUUGAUCAGAGGAGCACAACUUUUGAGAGAAGUCUUACCAUGGGGAAAGAAUAUCAAAGAAGAACUUCUAUGUUAAUCCUCCGUGCUGCAAUGCUCAAGAAUCAAAUACAUGUCAAGAACAUUUGUCGUGAGACGGGACCUCAAAGCGGAGAAGCACCAGGCUCCAGCACUAGCUUGACUCACCGCACUAUUGACACAGUGCCCUUGUCAUGAACUUACUGUAAGAUGAUAGUUUCUAAUGCUUUUACAUGACAAUCGCAAUUACACUCACAUGAAGUUCAAAAUGCAAGUCAUUCUGUGAAUUUUGUGGAAUUAUGUAGAUAUAAUUCUAAGUAAAAUCAGGUGGGAUACGCGCGUACACAAGAUUUACAAGUAUAACAAACAAUAAUGAGGCAUAGAUGCACUUCCACCACAGAAGACUAAAAUUACAGAGCAUCAGUGGAUCAUAGU